AUGGACUGGAACUCCUUUGUGCGUGAGAUUGAUCCUCAAGUCGAACCGGAGCUUUCCAAAGGAACACGGGAUAAACUUCGAGAGGUGCAAAACUUGUUUCAAAAAUUCACAGGUCAUCUUAAUCCACCAGAUCACACCCACUGGCUUCGCUCUGAGAAUCUUACGCUGAGACUGAUUGAGGGUUUCUUUCGUUGGUACCAUGAGAAUCAUAACUUCAUCUACCAAUCAGGAUUCCUUACCAUGACUCGCUUUUGGAGGAUGUGGGUUCGUGAAGAGACAGGUAACCAGCUUCCUUUGGCAUUAUCACGACAAGUAACAAACCUAGCAUCAAAUACCCUGACGAAUGAAUGGAAACUAGAUAAAGGCGCAAAAGAACAGCCGCCUAUCAACAUUGACGAUCUUUUAUAUACUACAUGGCAUCUCCUGGCUGCUUGUGAUAUAUAUUUCCCAUCUUUUCGAAUUCUGCUUCAGCUCAACGCUUUGCGGAAGAUGAUGUGCUCUUCAACGGCUAGACCCGGUACUUUGAUCGAGUCGAAUGCACAUGAAAAUGUUGGAGAUGCACUGAAAUGGAAAGAUAUUGCUCUCUAUAUGGUUAAGCAUCCUGAGGAUCCGAGCCGCCAUGAGCUUCUUUUGAGGGUGCGGCAUAGGUUGAUGAAAAGACGACGAAAUAAAGGCGUACCUCCUACUUUCACAUACACAGAAAGGAAUGACAGCCUUGGCCUUUGUGUGAUACAGGACAUACUUACAUUUGCAUUCCUCGAUGACGCAUUUGAAAGUCCAUAUAUCAAGAGUCCCAGGGAUAUCUGGCGUCUGACUGAUAUUCCUGAACAUCGACUGAGUACCCCAAUUGAGUUCAAGAAGAGCCUCAGGGAGGUGUGCAUCUUUCGACGUCCUCUGCGAGAUAACGCACAGGGAACCAUUAUCGAUCCAGUCCAGCCUUGGAAAUGCAAACAAGCAGAAAUACUUGAAAAAGCUGCCAGCUCCCUGGCUGGUUUUAAGGAUGAGGGUUCAUUCUACAAGUAUCGCAAAGGAGCGGCUGCAGAGAUACGUCACCUCGACGAAUACUCACGAAACAUAGUUAUGGGUCAUACGAAUGGAAAGUCCUUUGCAAGCUACGUCAGUGUAAGGGAUGAUGUUCAAUCUGCCUUUAUGGGCACCCCAGCCAGAAAUGCCUUGCUAGGACUUGCAUGUAAUGCAAGUCUCACCAGGGAUGUUUCGGCGCCGAAUGAUCUUGAUUCAGGAGAGAAAAAGGGUAUUGAACUUGACCCCGAGCUUGAAAGGUUGAAGGAAGCCACUCGCCGGUCCCGACUUGUCCUAACAAAAAAGUGGCGUUCAUUACAAAAUGCUGAGAAAUGCGAGCCGGAGCAGUAUCAGAAUUUUCGUCGGCUUCAAAAUGCGACUAGAACGUACCGAAAGCGUCUUUUCGAAGCUAAGAGGAAGGAGAAACGUGAAAGCUUCUUUGGUGAUAUCGGAAAUCGCAUUAUCGAGGGUAACCAUCAAGGGAAUCCGAUUAAAUUUGAUGCCGAUUUAUCUCAUAUGCAGCCUCAUCGAACCGCCUUGGCUGAGCUAGAGUUCAAAAACAGAGAAACCGACGAAGUUGACUAUGAUUCGUUGAUUCAAGAUCGUAUCAGGUCAUUGGAAAUGAGACUGGAGCUCAACAAGCUCCACGUGCCCAAGUGUCUGAAAAAAAGAGUUGUUUUCAGCAAGCUGGAAAGAUUAAUGCUUACUGACAGUGAUGAGGACUCCAAAAACCCGAAGUCUGGAUCUUGGAAAUGUGAGACUGGUCUUCAGUGCCCAUUCUGUCUAGGCCACACCAAUCUUGACCCAGCGGCAAGAGAGUACAGCUACUCAAGAAAGGAUGCCCUGGUCCGUCAUUUCAAGACACAUCGAUUACCCUCUUUCUUUCCAAAGCCGGGUCGUGAGUGUGAUAUCCCAGGCUGUGACACUAUUUGCAUCUCACUUCCCGGCUACCUUCUACAUGUGAACAAAAACCAUAAUAUUUCAAUCUGA